AUGACGCUGGAUAUCUUAAUUUUGUGCCUUUGGAAUCUUUCCAUCGCCUUUUCAUCUAAGGAUAUCCUAUGCAUAGAGUUUGGAAAUUAUAGAGAUACAGAGAGUUUGCUAAGAGGGAAGGUGUUCCAAAGUGACCGCUUAUGCUUUGUACGCUCUCUUGAUAUUAGUUUUUGCCCGAAAUUAAAGAGAUUGUCAUGGGAAGGAUUUUGGGACCAUUGCACUGCCUUGGAGACACUCUGUUUGAUGAAUAACCAUGAGUUGGAGUUGGAGGAUGAUGAAGAAGAAGAAGAAGAGAACAAUAACAACAACAGGCAUGGAGAUGAAGAAGAGAUUAGAAAGGAGGUGACACCUUGGAGAUUCCUUUCUCAUCCUCUUCGUAAUUUGGAAUUAGAUGAUCUCCCAAAGCUAAAGAAGCUGCCAAAUGGGAUGCGCCACUUGACUUCACUCCAAUCCCUUGAAAUUAGAGAUUGUAAGAAUUUGAAAUCAAUGUCAGAAGUAAUGCGCCAUCUCACCUCUUUGCAACAACUUAGUUUGAUAAGCAACUCAGCGGAACUUAACGCAAGAUGCAAGGAGCCAAGUGGUGCAGACUGGCCCAAUAUCCAACACAUUGAGCUUAUUAGUCUUCAGUUUUGAUUCAAAUUGAGGUAUUUGAUAAAGAUUUUACAGAACAAUUGAAACGUUUGUUAUGAGAAUUAAAUCAUCGGCAAAGCUCCAGCCUCCAGGUAAGAAGUCGUUGUGCGAUAGAGUGUUUUACUCGUCCCGUUUUUAUAAAGUCUUGAUAAUUUAAUAAAUAAAUUUAAUAGGGGAAGGGGAAGGGAAGGAGAAGGGAGCCGG